UUAUCGUUGCGCAAACUCCUUUGAUAGUCGUACGAGAUCGUGCGAAAACCACUGUACGGGAUCAGCUGCUGGUUGCUGUCACACAUCUGUCAAAGUGUGGUAGUGUUUGUUUACGUAGGAAAAGGGAAAUCGAUAAACGUUUCAGCUCGGAGGACGAAUUAUUUCCUGUUAUCAGUUCAUUAGUUAAAUGUAAUUUUGCGCACGGGAUUGCAAGUACCCGUCACAACCAUGAUUCACCUCACCGGACAGAACUACUCCACCAAGGAGAUCAUACAGAACAUAUUUUCGCCCAUGGUGGGAGCCAUCGUGUCCCAGCAGGCCGAGGAGCUGUGCCAGAAAAACAAUCUUUCGUUUGUGGAAAUGUUGCAGCCCUUCCUGAAGCUUUCCUCCGACGCACACUUUCGCGACAUUGCCGGCACGAGCGUUUCGAUCAAGGGGCUGCGGAUCAAUGUGGUGGACGUGAACUGGCGCCCACCGCAGACGAUACUGGCGAAAAAGAUGCUGAACGAGGCGGUCACCACCGCACCGGGCGGCGAUAAGAUGCGAGCGAUCAAGCUGGAUGAUGGUAGCUUCGUGGACAUUCCCGUCUCCGAGCCGUGGUUCGAGCAGUGGCGUGAAACGUUUCUCACCGUGCAGUUCCCGGCGGACCACGAGUUUACCCGCCAUCUGCUGUGCUCGUUGAUCGUCGUCUCGAGCAUCGAUCCGAACCCGAUCGAGACCGCCAGCCAGCUGACGAAAAAGAUACAGAUGAUGCAGAACAUUACGCCGCCCCGGCUGCCGAAGUGGUUCGCUUCCGAUGCGCUCAACUGCUACGUUAUGCUGCACGAUGGAUGCUCUGGGGAUAUUGGAAAGGCUCAGCAAGCGUUCGAAGGGCUGAAAUCGACCUACGGCGAGCACAAGUGCUUCCUGCUGCAGAUUAACUCGCACGGUGGCCCACCGACCGACUGUCCCGACCCGUGGGUAAGGUAUCUGAAGAAACACCAACGGUCGGAACCGAGCACGGCAAGCGAUGUGGACAGUGCGCCGAAGACACCGCAGGACAUGGGCUCGGUAACGGGCAUGCCCACGACGGUGGUACAAUCGUCCAAUCUGCUAGUGCACGGUGGCGGUAUAAGCAGCAGCGGCAGUAGCCUUUCGUCCGAAACACCGCCUUCCGGCAUUGUGGUGGGUGAGGUGAUUGCGCAUCCGCUGAGUCCGGUGCAGGAGACGGGCAUCGAGCUACAGGAAACGUCGAGCUUGACGUCGAGCAUCGACAGCCUGUCGCUGCAAACGAUCAAUCCGAACGUGUGGCCGAUCGAGAGUGACAUCGAGGUGGCUCAUGGGUCGUUUCUGACGGCGGGCGAUUUGGACAACCUGAAACACUUUGUGCAGGAUUUUGCGGUGCGUGCGUUGAUUCCCUAUGUGGAACGGUUGGUGGGCGUGUUGAACGAUUCGAUAUCGAACAAGAAGGGCGUGAGCCGCUCGCUGCUAAGCGCAACCAAGCGAUGGUUCGUCACGAACAAGCCGGGAGUUAACACGAACCAGAAUGCGGUCGUCUACACGAACGAAUCCACAGAGCUGCAGACGCGAAAGUUGGGCGAUCUGUACUUUAUGUUCAGCCACUAUUCGCUCGCCUUCCAAGCCUACCAUCAGGCCAAGCGUGACUUUAAUGCUGACUCGGCGUGGCAGUACUAUGCCGGUGCGCUCGAGAUGGCAGCACUGGCCGCGCACAUGCAGGGUACGGCGAGUCGCAAAACGUACGACUACAUGGAGGAAGCAAUACUGACCUACCUGAACAGCUGCAAGCUGCCCCAGUUCGCUACCCGUGCCACCCUGCUGUCCAUGGAGUGUUUGCGAGCGGCCAAACAGUACAACGAAGCGGCCAAGCAGUUGAUCCGGAUGACGAGUGAAGAUUCGGACCUGCGGUCGGCACUAUUGCUCGAGCAGGCCUCGUAUUGCUUCCUGCUAGCGAAUCCGCCCCAGUAUCGUAAGUACGCGCUGCACUGCGUGCUGGCGGGCCAUAGAUUUUCCAAGGUUGGCCAGCGGAAGCAUUCGUUCCGCACGUACAAGCAGGCGUACCAGGUGUUUGAGAACCGUGGCUGGAGUUUGGCGGAGGAUCACAUCCAGUACACGAUCGGUCGGCAGGCUUCGAACCUGAAGAAGCUGGACGAAGCGAGUCUCUGUUUGGAGCAUCUGUUGCGCCCCUCAAGCAUGCAAACGGCCACCCAGCAGACGUUGUUUUUGCGCGAGUAUCUCAGCACGAAAAAGGCACUGCAGGCGAAGGGUGGGGAGGGAGCGAACGAUAUUCCAUCGAUCGCGCUGCCGAAGAUUGUGCAGACGAUGACGAAGGUGCUGGUAACGUCACCGCCGCCAGUUUCGAAUCCGUUGCACGUGGCGGCAACGAAUAUUAACAUUACGGCUACCCCAACGGACGAAAACGUGUGGAACAAGAUGGAGGAAAUGCUGGUGCAGAGUGCUGCCGAGCGUCCGGUGAUGGUGUUCCGUCCCUCGAAGUCGCUGUUCUCCACCGAGGCGCCGGCCACGGAAAACCCCCGCUCCGUGCACGGGGAACCGAUCGAGGUGGCGUUCAACCUUGAAAACACCAUCAAACCGGCGGUGCUGUUCGAGAACAUCAACCUCCUGUGGGAGUUCCGCCGGGAGACGGGUGAGAUUUUCUCCAACCGGCCGCUCUUUCUCGGCGACGUUAGCUUGGAGGAGCGGUCAGAAAUUGAGAACGUGGUCGCGUCCAGCUUUGUGGCGCUCGUCACGUUCGGCGAGCAUGAGACGAAAACGCUUGUCCUGAAGCUAACGCCGCGCAGUACCGGCCAGCUGCGGAUACUGGGCAUCGUGGGAAAGAUAUCGGCGGCCCAGCCGGCCGGUUCGGGCGAAGCUCCGUCUCUGUGGGGCAAACAGCUGUUCGAAGCGCAACCGAUACGGGUCGGCAGUGCCGGUGGCAAGGACGGGAACAAACCGGUAGCUGCAGCCGCUGCCGCGGCCUUUGAUCGCAAGCUGGAGAUAGAGAUUCUUCCACCGGCGCCGGCCCUGCACGUCAGCUUCAGCCACGCACCGUCGGAGGUGCUGGCGGGAGAGGUUAUUCCGCUGAAAAUGAACAUGACAAAUGCAGGCGUGAGUGUGCUGAACGAUAUUUACGUGUGCAUCGACAAUCCACGGUAUGUGUUGCUGAAUCCGAGCGAAGCGGACAUACCGCUGUCGAUACGGCGCGAUUUGCAAAACCUGGCCAACGAAAACGUGGGCCGAGAUCGUGAGGCACGCAAGCAGUACGUGUGUAGAGCGUUCCGGGAGGCGGAAGGCAACUUCAUUGCUCCGAACGAGACGAAGACGGCCACGCUGUGGCUGCAGGCCCCGUACUCGAAGGGCCAGAAAGACAUCAAGCUGAUGAUUUACUAUGCAAUGCCACAGGACUAUCCAAAGUUGAAGCAUCGUCUCGUGCGACAUACGUGGAAUUUUAACGUAAACGAUUCGUUGCUCGUCGAUGCGAACUGCAAUCUGAGCAAUCCGACCAAACGUGAGCUGGGUAUUGAUGUGAAUGUGAAGAAUCUAAACCAAGUCCACCAUCCGCUAAUGACGGAAAUUGUGAUCAACGAGCUGUAUCUUUACUGUUCUGCGUACGAGCUGCAGAAAAAUAGAGUGGUUUAUAUUAAAACACCCGGCCACAUCAAACUGCAGUCGGGCGGGGGACUGAAAACUAAUGAAACCGUCAGCCUGCGCUGUAACCUGCAGCGUCGUACGGCCGACGUCGCGUAUGAUGGCAACUUCCAAGGUUACGUUUCGCAGAAGCUGUCCACCGUGACGGUGCGCGCAUCGGAGCCGGCCGCCAAGGCAACACUUCCCGCGCUGGAAGCGGCGGGCAGUUUUCUGCUCAAGAACGAAACCAAAUUCAUACGCGUGUACGAACCGGGCAGCAAUGAAGAGUUCAAUCAAAUAGUCAACCAACGGGACAGCCACAUGACGCUCUGUGUGAACUGGUCCGCCACGAUUAACGACAACGGUGCGUCCCGAAAGGCGUACGGACAGCACUUUGUGCAGCUGAGAAAUCUCUACGACACUGUGUACUGUCCACCGUCCGAGCGGCUGCAGCAAAUCACUUUUACGGGCCAGUCGAACGUUUAUGGUAUUUUUGAUGAUUUAGAUAAAUUGAUGCCGGUCGAGAACGAUGAUAUCGAUAGCGGUUGGGGCGUUAAUCAAAGCUAUGUGGCGCAGAGAUGUUUCCUGGAGGAAAGCUUCCAAUCAGUUGAACUGAGAGCGUAGGACGUAAGGUUUUGAAAGUAUCUUAUUAUUCCAUAUUAUCGCAUCAAAUAAAGUAUUUUUAAACUUA